AUGUACGCAACAAUGCAAUCGCUGGAGAACCCGAUUGACAGUCCUCCGGCAGAUCCAGAUGUCUGGCCAGCACCUCCCCCCAAAAGAACUACCACUCAGACUACUCGUACAAAAUCCACUGCAAACAAGGGUCGACUUAAUGACGGUGAAGAAAAAGUGGCAGUGACUGUAAAGAAACCGGUGAAGAAGUCGAACAGCCAGAAUGCUCUUGCCGAUAAAAAAUCCAAGCAGAGAGCAUGUCCAAAGGAUGAUGAUCUUAGUGGUUCUACAAAUGCUGGAAAUGCGACUGAAGCUACAGAAGGAGCUACAGACGAAAAGCGUACCGAUGAGUUUGUGCCAAGAGGAUACUGCCCAGAUCUAGUCGAAGCUAUAGAGCAGACUAUGACCCGCAAUGGCACAGAAGUGACGUGGGACGACAUAGCUGGUCUUGAAGGGCCGAAAGAACUGUUCAAACAGACAAUUGUGCUUCCAGCCUUGAUGCCGGAGUUUUUCAAAGGAAUUCGCCGACCGUGGCGUGGAGUAUGCAUGGUUGGACCACCAGGCACUGGCAAGACGCUUUUAGCAAAAGCCGUAGCUACCGAAUGCCAGACUACGUUCUUUGCUGUAAACUGCGGAGAUCUUGCCAGUAAAUGGCGUGGUGACUCGGAGAAAAUGAUCAAGCUCCUAUUCGAAAUGGCUCGACAUUUUGCACCGUCCACAAUAUUCAUCGAUGAGAUCGAUACCAUCGGAAGUCAACGUGGACAAGCAAAUGAGCAUGAAGCUAGUCGACGGGUGAAGGCUCAGCUCCUUGUAGAGAUGGAUGGAUUUUGCAAGGAAGAAGAUGGAAAACGAGUUCUAGUCUUGGCGGCUACAAAUUUCCCGUGGAUGUUGGAUGAAGCUCUACGCCGUAGGUUUGAACAAAGGAUUUACAUUCCACUUCCCGACAAACCAGCACGAAAAUCGCUCCUGUGUUCGUCUCUAAAGGAGGAAAAUAUUCGACAGUAUAUUGAAUGGAUGGAAAAGUAUGGAUCGACUUAG